AUGGACUUCCUUCGAUCCAUCUCGAACAUCCCUCAUUCUUCAUCUCCUGAGUUCGCACCUUCUGAGCUCUCGUCCGUCGAAUCCGAAUCUGCGGAUCCUCUUGUGCAACUGGCGAAGGAAACGAAGCAACAGCCGUUCACCACCAAUGGGGGCUUACAAAAGUCUUUGGAGCACCUUCAACGAGCGCUUCAUACACCAGCAACUGCGAUUAGCAGGACCCAGUGGGAAUCAGUGGUUGGAAAGGUCGCUCGGUUAACGAAGGGGAAGUUGAGGUGCAGGCGGUCGAAGUAA